UUUCACUCUCUCGAAUCAUGUCCAAGUCAUCACCUUCCACCGUCCCCUCCUGUACCACCACCAACAUCAUGCUCGCCAUUGUCAACAAGAAGACGUCUUCAAUUGACUUCUAGCAUCCCUUGCGCAACUUCAUUUCCCUCACUUACUUUGAGCAUGAAGUGAUCAGUCUCGAGGAUGAUCUCCCCAUGCUAAAGCAACUCGCUCCUACAUCAAGCGCGUAUUGGACCCCACGCUCUCCAUGCGCCACAAUCUCCAUAAAUUACUUCAAGGCCUUCUGCCUCGUGGAGACGCUCUUUCCUAUCUCCCCUGACAAGGACCACAUCAAUACGAUUACGUUUUUGUGGUAUGAUGCGUUUAAGACCAAGCAGAAGGCCAGUCAACAGAACAUUCAUCUAGAGAAGGCGGCAGUGCUGUUUAAAUUGGGGCAGAUUGGGUUGUUGUUUGAUCGCGCCACCGUGGAGGGGCCGCAGGAGGCAUCGCACACGUUCAUUGCGGUGGCCGGAGCGUUUGCUUAUUUGAGAGAUAAUGCGUCCACGAAGGUGAGUAAGGGGAGCUCCACGACGGUGGAUGUCAGCCUCAAGUGUGCCGGAAUGUUGGAGAAGUUGAUGCUGGCCCAAACUCAAGAGUCUGUGUUUGAGAAUACGAUUGCUAAAAGGAGUACGCGUGGUGUUUGCGCUAAAAUUUCUAGACAUUGUUCGUCGCCGACAUCUCUGGCAUUUUUCUUGUUGAGUGCGCUUUAAUAUACUUGGAUCCCGAUUCAAGUCGUGCUGUUGUUGGAUGGGCUGCAAAAACUUUUUCAACAGCAGUGUUUUUCUUAUAUGAGCAGGUUAUAUGCCUUUUCAAAAGUGGAAGCUGAUUUUUGUAGUUUCAUCUUCUUUAUUAACGUCCUUCACAGUUUUUUUCCUUUAUAAAUUUAUGAUGUUUUUAGGUUUAAUUUAUCUUAGAGUAUAACUAUACGUGUGAUAUGUUUUGUUGUGGUUCUUCAACAGAUCCUCCCAGAUGAUGCUUUUGUGCAGCAAAUGAUCAAAUUUUUGUAGUUGUUUGAUGCUGAUGCUUAAUAAAAAUCAAAUUUGUUAUUGUUGAUUUCUUGUGUGUACUCUUAUUUUUAUAAUUCUAUUUGAUGCUCCAGAGUGCUGUUGCCUGGGACAUGCUGAAAGUUUAUAGCAAUUUUGUUGAUGUUCAAGAGAG